GACUUCGUUCUCUUCAUGUCGUCCACGAAAGGUCUCGUGAUAACCGUCACCCAUCGGCUUAUCGAAAGAGGCAUUCUCGAUCUUGAUGCGCCUGUCUGUAAGUAUUGGCCCGAGUUCGCCCAGAACGGCAAAGAACACAUUACCUUGAAGAUGAUCCUCAACCAUACGUCAGGUUGUUCUGCAUGGCCGCUGGAAGCCAACAUCGGCAUACCGGAUAUGAAUGAUUGGAAUCGAAUGAUACGUGCCUUGGAGAGGAUGGCUCCGUUCUGGGAUCCCGGAACUGAAGUCCUUUACGCUGCGUGGACAUUCGGAUUCCUCAUAGGAGAGAUUAUUCGACGCGCUACAGGAAAGACGGUUGGAACGAUAUUUCACGAAGAAAUUGCCCAGCCUCUGGGUCUCAAUCUCUGGAUUGGGUUGCGGGAGGAGAAGGAGCCUCGAGUUAUCCCAUGGAUGCCCAAGACACUUCCCAAGCUUGCCCCCGGCGCGGCCGUCGAGAGCCUCGAAGCGACUGCCAUGGACGUCGAUUGGUCUAACCCUCUAAUCGCCUCGUAUCUUCCCUUUGAUGAAUCAGUUCUUCAUACAUUCCUCAACUCUCGUGAGGCACACGCCGUCGAAAUUCCAUCUGUAAAUAGAAUUGGCGAUGCCAGGAGUUUAGCCAAGCUGUACGCGCAUAUCAUCGGAGAGGUCGAGGGCAAAACGCCUCUGCUCAAACCAGACACCCUCAAGCGUGCUAUCGCGUCCUCGAUCGACGGUAUUCCAGCUGCUGGUCCACUUCGCGGCGUGUUGCCACCUGGAAGCCUACAAUUUGGCCUUGGUUUUGAGAGAUCUCGACCAGGUGAUCCUAUGUUGGGAGAGGGCAGCUUCGGGCAGGGCGGAGUUGGCGGUCGUCUUGCUUUUGCCAACGUCAAAUCCGGCAUAACCGUUGGUUAUGUGUGCAAUAACAAUAUGUGGACCGGAAUGUCUAAGGU